GUCCGGUCCGGCGUCCGCCGUUAGUUCGGUUCGAACCGUCUGCGCGAUCGGAUUAAAUCGACAGUCAGUACAGUAAGUUUGCACCCGUCGCUGCCGUCGCCGCGUCGUGACAACGACUUCUCCCGUGUGAGUGUGCUGUUGCUGCCGCUGCUGCGGAUAGACCCCCAAACGAACCCACAGAAGAACGAGACCUGCCAAGCGUCUAGGAAGAACGCCCGCGAGUGUAGAUUUUGAACGUGGACGACAGUCAGUUAGUGCUUUACUGGAUAGUUGGAUGGAUUAAAUUGGUUUGGUGUUUUGUGUGAGUUGUUUGAUCAUCACCAUCAACGGCCAGAAGUGAGAUAAAGCGGGGGCCUCUCGAUUGGCCUAAUGCCCGCGGUGGGUCUUGAUCUGCCCCGCGCAGAUAUUGGGGGACUUGGCCUGGGCGCAAAGCGUGUCCAGUAGUGCAUCGACGAACGAACGAACCGUGGAUUACUCAACAAAUAAUAAGAGUGCAGUCAGUAAUAAUUGAAUGACCUUCGACCACCACAGCGUGCCAUCCAAUCGCUGAGCGUAUUAACGGCGACGCAAAUCUCCAAGGAAUCAACAGCGACAACGACAAACGCCGGCAAUAAAAAAAACAGCAGCAGCCAUGUGGUGGUGGAUUGCGCCGGACUGAUCAUUUUGGACACCCCCUCAUUAAGGCGCAAGUCAAUCUGCCUGCCUGCCUGCAAUCGCGUGUGAACUCUCUCAGUCUCUAGCUCAUCCUGAAAAGCCUCAACGAUUUCGAAAGCAGAACACUGGCCACGAGCCGCCUCAAUCCGUGUGACGACAACCGCGACGAAGAACCUCAGUGUUGAAUAAUUGUUCAGUGACAUACAACAGCGGAACAUCAUCGCGCCGCCGCCGCCGCCGUCGUCGCUAGGAAAAGGUUCGUGCAACAGAACAACAAGAAGAACCCCUGUGAAGUGCCUGUUUGUUCUGCUUAAUUGUUAUUUGCGCGAGCGGUCAUCGCCGGCGAAUUUUUUUUGGUUUUGAGUGCUACAUUCUUCGCUCUGGUGUUUAAUUAAGCAUUAUGGUUCUAUAUUUGACAUGAGUUAAGUGGAAUAAAAAUAACCGAAACAUAGGAAACAACGAAACCCAAAGGAAUAUAAACCCCGAUAGUACGAAUCGAAAAGCCAGAUUGGAAGAAAUUAGGAAAACAUAAGAUUAUUAUUAAAAAAAAACUCCACUUGCAGUGCAGUGCAGUGGCAUAGGCUUGCUGUGGUGAGAGUCGAAUAGUGCGUGUCUCUGACGGAGUAAUUGUGACGUUCGUUGAAACUACAGCGUGAGCUUUUGACAGCAGUCGUGAGCAACCACAUGCGGGGAAUCAACCCUUAAAGAUUCCCGCCGAACGAACACGAUUCGCGCGCGCUCACCAGUUUCACCCGCGGCCAGCGGUUACAUCUCCGAACGUCACACCAUGACGAACGACAACGCCAAAGGUUCCAGCAAUGCCAGCACCGGAAAGACCGGCAAAAUGGAUUCCCGUACCGGGCUGGAGUACAUCGUCGAAAACAGCGACUACGUCAACAAGCUGGGCCUGGCGCUGGACACCAGCAACGCCACAGUCAAGAAGCAGGUGUUCGAACUUCUGUCGGCCCUCUGUGCCUACAGCUCCGGGGGGUACAAGCGAGCGAUCGAAACGCUGGAGUAUUACAAGACCAUCAAAGGCGAACGCUAUCGACUGAAUAUAGUUGUCGUGGAACUAGACAAAACAACCUCGAUCGAGUAUCAAAUUGCGCUAUUAGCGUUUAUAAAUUGUGUCAUAAUAUCGGCCGCCACGCUGCAGGAUCGGAUACGAAUGCGAAAUGAAUUUAUAGGUUUAAAUUUACUAGCAGUAUUAAAAAACUUCAGGCGAAUCGCCAGUAACGUGCCGGACAUCGGAGUGCAACUCGACGUGUUUGACGAGCAGCGAGAAUGCGACGAGUCACAGAGCCUGCAAGGGCCCGAUGGAAUAAAUUUAAACUCGCAUCUUGAUGUCUUCUACGCGAUACUGCGACAGGUCUCCGGCACCCCACAGGAGAUCCCAUUCCUCAGCAUCCUACAGCACCUGCUGCAGAUCGAUCCGAAAGAGCCGAUCAGCGACAUCAUCUGGGAUACGGCCGAAACGCUAGUGCACCGCGCCACCUUGCUCGAAGAUAAGGAAGCCUCCGUACGCUUGCUGCGUGCCCCCAGCAUACAGAAAUUUGCUUGCCCACACUGCCGGAGCGAUAUCACUAGUCCAACCCGAAGGCAAUCGGUUGGCCCCCAAACGCCGGGACCAAACAGUACCAGCUCAACCCACAACACCAUCUCACCUCCGUCCAUUCCAGGAGCUCCGGCACCACCCCCUCCUCCUCCACCUCCUAACUUGGCACCCCCUCCACCUCCACCGCCUCCCUGUGCUCCUCCACCACCUCCUCCACCAAUGGCCGGCGGUCCAAGUGCCCGAGGCGGUCCUCCCGUACCACCAGCGCCACCUGCUCCCCCUGCACCCAAUCUACUCUCAGUGAAAGCCAAUGAACUCGCUCGACCAAAAACUCCUGAAGCACAAAUAGAAGUCAUCAAACCCCUGCCGCAACAAGAAACCCCAGUUCCGCGAGCCAAGAUGAAAACCAUCAACUGGAACAAAAUCCCUCCACAGAAGGUCAUCGGAAAGCCAAACAUAUGGUCCAUCGUAGCCGAUUCCCACCAGGACAGCCCCAUGGCCGAUCUGAACUGGGACGAAAUGGAGGGCCUGUUCUGUCUGCAGCAAACCCAAGGAUCACCAAAGCUGGGCCGCGAGAACAGUGGCUCCGACACGUUGGAACGAAAAUCACGCAAAGAUAACGAAAUCACCCUGCUGGAUGGCAAACGCAGCCUCAACGUCAACAUCUUCCUGAAACAGUUCCGCUCGUCGAACGAGGACAUCAUUCAGCUGAUUCGGAACGGCGAACACGAGGACAUCGGCGCCGAGAAGCUGAGGGGUCUGCUCAAGAUCCUGCCCGAGGUGGACGAACUGGAGAUGCUCAAAGCGUUCGACGGCGACAGUACGAGACUGGGGAACGCCGAGAAGUUCCUACUGCAACUGAUACAAGUGCCUAACUACAAGUUACGAAUCGAAAGCAUGUUACUGAAGGAGGAAUUCAAAGCCAACCUGAUAUACCUGGAGCCAAAUAUUAACGCGAUGCUGUACGCUGGAGAAGAUCUGAUGAACAACAAAGCCCUCCAGGAGGUGCUGUACAUGGUGGUGGUGGCCGGAAACUUCCUCAACUCUGGCGGCUACGCUGGAAACGCCGCCGGCGUCAAACUCUCCUCGCUGCAGAAGCUGACGGACAUCCGGGCCAACAAACCGGGCAUGAACCUGAUACACUUCGUGGCCCUACAGGCGGAGAAGAAAAACCCCGAUCUGCUCGUGUUUCCGGGACAGAUGUCCACGCUGGAGAACGCUACAAAAACAACGGUAGAACAAAUCAGCAACGAAAUCAACACCAUCGACAACCGUAUCAAGAAGAUCAAGAAACAAAUCGAACUGCCAAAGACCGAACAGGACAUCAAAUAUCAAAUGGAAGAAUUCAUUACGACAGCGGAACGAGACAUCAUGAUGCUGCAGCGAGCGCUCAAAGAACUGGAAGCAAUGCGACUUCAGUUGGCCGACUUCUUCUGCGAGGACCUCGGUACGUUCAAGAUGGAGGAAUGCUUCAAGACGUUCCAUAACUUCUGCGAAAAGUUCGGACAAGCCGUCAAGGACAACGAGAAGCGUCGCGUGCAGGAGGAGCAGGCUCUGAUCCGACGAAAGCAACGGGAGGAGCAGCUAGCGCUCAAACGAAGGCAAUCGAAUCAACCGGGAACUCCAGUAUCCGAUUCGGAGAACAGUUUGCUGUUGGAUCCAUCACAGUACGAUAUGAGAUACAGUCCAGCAAUGUCUCGAAGACGGAUAGGAUCGUUCAACAGUAAUGGAGAUCCAGUGCUGUUGCGAGAGGACUGCGCGUCGCCGGAUAUCACACCAAACGGUAGUCUGCGAAGGAGGCGAAGUCGGGUGCUGUCAGAGGAGGAUGAAGGUAAUCUCAUGGACUUCCUCAGAUCGUCUGGUCAUGAAAAUGGCAGCCGUGAGAGAAAGUCCGUAUCGUCGUACGGUGGAAGUUUGGAUCGGUCGUGGGCUCGCCGAGCACGAUCCGGCAGUGGUAGCAAGAAGCGCCCUGAUCUGCUCAAUGUCGACUUCGGAGCGGACAGGGAACGACCGAGCUCUCCGUCGCCAUUGGCUGAAAGCAAGCCAUUGCCAGUGGAAGAAGCAAAGCCGAGAAUUUCCAGGGAAUGGCGGCAGAAGAUCGAGUCGUGGCUGCAAGCGAACGAAGCCGAUGAAAAAACCGAAGAAUUGAAGAAGAAGCGGAAACUGCUGGCAGUUAAUCGACGAUCCUAUGAGACUGACAACGAGAGCGAUCGUGGCAGUAAGCUGGAACCUCUGCCGGAAGAGAAGCCUCCGACCGUAAGUCCACCGGAGGUAACGGCUGACCAGAUGCCGUCCAGCUACAAACGUGUCUACCCCGACUGGAAGCCAUCCAGUGCACUUGAGAAGACUGACGUCAUGGGAACCAUGGAUGCCAUUGCAGGCGCAGUACCGUCCAUUCUGGACAAAUCGGCGUGGCGGAAAUCUAGUUUGAAUAGCCAGGAAGAUCAGGACGCCCGAAGAUAUCGAAGGCAACGGUCCAGGGAAUCAACCGGGCCAAGCUCGAGCCUUCAAUCGAUCCUCGAGGAGGACAAACGAAAAUCUGUGAUCCAAUCGCUGGGUGAGCGACCGCCAUCUGACCGACUGCAGAUCUACAUUCGACGGGGGUCGGACAGCACUUCCCAACCCGAAAGCACAGUCACAUCACCAAAGCCAUCAACAAGCACCAGCGAUGAGAACAAGCAAUCCAUCUACAUUAGGCAAACGAAUGGUAGCGAGUACUCGAAAACGAAACCCAGUCCCGCGGCGGAAAAACAAUCGAUCUACAUCCGACCGAACGAUAACACUCCGUCCACGAUUUCAUCCAUCAAUUCAUCUUGCACAAGCACCAGUGAAAAUCAGUUACCGGAGAGCAUCCUGUCCGUAGCUCCACCACCACGAAGAGGUCGUCGAACGCAUCACAUCUACGACGAACAGACGAACAACAAGAUCGAGAUCGAUUCCGAUAAUAUCGAAACGCCGCCCUCUAUCCGAAAGAGUUUCAACCGAGAACAUCAGAACGCUAGUGGGGGCAGUUCCUGCCGGAAACUUCACGGUGCUACCGACCAGACUGUAGAUUCGGAGCCGAAGAGUAAUCUACGUAGUCUAACCGAACCCGAAGUUCUUGGCGAUGGACAAUUUGAUCGGUUCUCUUCGGCUCGUCGUACGCGACGCUUCAAGCGUCCAGUAGAGCUGAGUAGCGGUAAUGAAACUACCUCACCGGAAUCCCUUCCCGAUAACCCACUAGUAGUGGAAGCUUCCCGAAACCCGGUCGUGUCGGCCGUAGCGGAGAUUGAAUCUACAGAGAAACAGAAGGAGGCUCGACUGAAGCGUUGGCAGGAUAAGUUGAACAAUCCCAGUGCGGUAGAAGACCGAUUGAAGGGGUCCGACACGCGAUCUUUGAAAAUCGGCCGAAAUAUGAGUCGAAUUAGUCAGGAGGACGUGCGUAAAGCAAUUCGAAGUUUGAAGUCACCAUCCCCAGAGCGGAGUUGGAGUCCACCGAAGGAAAUAGUUCGCGAGGCGCCUACAACGAUCAAAGUGAUUACCCAUGAGUUGAACGACGAAGGCUUCGAGGAAACGCAAAGCUUAGUUUCCGAUACCCCCUCGCAUGGCAAGGAGAGCACUUCGUCGUGCAAUGAUUACGGAUCGGAUUCGAAGAACAAGAAGAUCGUGAAACCAUCAGUAAGUGGAGGGGAUGGUAGUCCGAGAAAAAUACCCAUGCGAAUCAAUCCAAACCUUCCCAAUUUGCUGAUAACUAAGCCUCAGUCCGCUUUGGAGCGUAGCAAAUCACUCAGAGGAACCGCUCCAGCUCUAGUCAACAAGAAUCUGUUACCACGACGAACAAAUUCGAUGCGAAGAACCGAAUCGCCUCUGCUAAGCGCAAAUACGUCCACCGCCAAACAGCAUCAACUAGAUGUAGAACGGAGCAAUUCACGAACGAGUCUUCGUUCGUCACGCUCCUCGCUAAGCAGUGCAGUAUCGACUAAUACAGUCAAGAAGGUGCCAUUACGUCCAAAGUCAUCACCCCUGACUACUUCCAGUGGUCUAUCUGGGUCUGGUUCGGUAACAUCUACCCUAUCAGCACACAGUUCGCCAACCAAGCGACCCCUAAGCGCAGGCAGCAUACGGACGCCGCUAUCGGGAACUCCUGCCAGUAGAAGUAGUUCCAGUGGAUCCAGCAUAGGACAAACCGGUACAACGGGCCUAGCCGCCAGGAAACCUCCACUGAAAUCCGUUGGUUCCAGCUCGUUGGGACCGAGUACUAGCUUUAAAGAAAACCAAAAUCAAAAUACCGUACGGAAUAGGUUGCAAUCCAAAACCCCCAGCAAUACGAGUAUAGCCAAUUCGGGUGGAUCCGUAUCCAGCGGAAGUACAGCGAGGGCAGCUACCAACCGAGGCAGCACGAGCAGCAUUACGCCACGAACCGGUGGAUUCAUGCGACCUACCACCUCCAGUGCCACCAAGGUGAAGGGAAAAUGAAUGGAAGCGAAACUGUGAAUCAGUGAAUUCUCAAAAGUUUUGGUGGAAAUGGAAGUUAGCGCUCAAAUUUUUGUUCAACAGCACAAAAUUGUUCAUCCCGUUCUCACGUCCAAAACGCAUGAUAUGAAGUCGACGAACGAAGCAAUGCAUGUCGCUAUUCGCUAUAGAGGAUUUUCUUAUUAUCGUGCGAGUUUAGGCCGAGGAGUAUCAGAUUUAAAUGGAACUUUUUCCUCAAGCAGAGGGACGUAGAUAUACAAACAAAAAUAAAACUCUGAAUCGUAUACAUACUUUUCGAAACAAUCAACCUUGAAAUCAUAACUCUAGAACAAAAUAUUGAAGAACGGUUAUGUGGAAUUGCGUUUCUCAGUUCAUAUUGUUCUCAGAUUUGAUGUCCGAGAAAAUCUAAACAUUACUGGAAAAUGUUUUAUGAUCAUCUAAGACCCUUCGGUCAAACUUGCACGUUAAUAAAAAAAAAACAAAUCGCAAAGAUGCACCGAACCUAGAGUUGACAAGCAGGCAAUAAUAUUUCAUCGUACGACAAUACUACUAAUGAAGAGAAGAAAUCUCCGUCCAACUAAGUUAUUUACGCAAUCUGGUCCACAGUGACCAGUCCACAAUCCAUUUAUCAUACGCAUCGCUUUAGGCUUCGUAAGAGUUAUUCAAAAGUUUUUCCAACCACGCCGAUAUUGUAUCCGGAUCUGCAAAUUUGCCAUAUUGUUUAGGCCAGGACCAGAAAAGCGCGACAUUUCUAUUUUUCGAGGGGUAUACAAGGUGCAAUGUAUGGCAGUUGAAAAUUCAAAUGCGCUGUAUUGACUUUUGAAUGAUAUUUAAAUUAUAUUAAAACGUUACGAGUCUGCUGUUUAAUCGAAUAUACUAGGAUGCAAUAAGAAGUUUAGCUUGAGGAAAAUUUGACCUAAUACCGUGAGAAUACGCUACAAUAAUUAUGUAUUAUGCAACAAAAGUGUUGUUCGUUACAAAUUCAAAGUAUUUAUUUACAAAGCUUUUGCAAGGAAGCAAACCGCAAGUAUUAGUAGAAACUUGACACACGUUCAAAGCAAUCUAUAGAUAACUCGUGAUGGAAAACUGUAAAACGAUACAAUCGUCUGUUUCGACAGCGUCACAACAUUAUUCUUCUCUCUACUACUGUUUAGCUUCAAAUCAAAAUGAUCGCCUUUCUCCAGUGAAAAUUUGCUUUUCUAUCAAUUGCAAAACAAAAGAUUGGAAAGCACAUUGCCUAGAAGACUUUUUACGUUCGGAGCGACGACUAACGUUGAGAAGAAUCGAAAGGUAUGCAGCUAAGCUAUUAAUAUUACAUUGUAUAACAGAGUACUACCAAUUGUGUAUUAGGGAAAUAUAUAAAAAAAAAACUAAAAAAUCAGAACGUGUAACGUUUGGUAGAGCUGUUAGGAACAGUUGAACUUUUCUCUUCAAGCUAUAGAAGACCUCUGUUUAGAUAGAUUUGGCUAGUAACUAAGAAAUUUUUCUAUCGAAUCGAGCAAAACACACAAACAGUUCAUGUAUCGUCCCCCACGUUAUUGAUACAACCCUAGGAUAGACUAACUCCAUUCCUUCCAAUUAACGUUUUUUGUGAAUAUUUUUCAAGAUGUGUAUCUGGGUUUCGGAAGACAAAAUUUAAGUAAAAAAAAAACAAUAAAAAAUCAAGUGAUUAGCAAUAGAACGUUUUGAUGUAACUUUUCGGCAUAUUUUGGGUCAGCGGAAUGCAAAAAUUCGUAAAUCAUAUUUAGACGCUAAAAAUCCGACCGCGGCAGGCGAAUAGUAGUUAGAUCAGCGAUACUAAUCUUACUAACACAAAAACAAGAUCAACACUAUGACAACACGUUUAAGUUUAUCCAGUUGGAAACGGACGGACAACACUGACAGUUCACCGCAACCAUGCCAGGCAGUGCACAUACGUACACACUUUGAGACAGUUGAUUAAGAAGACCUUCGAUUCAAAUGUGAAAUGUUAUAGAGAAGAAAAAGAAAACCGUAACACAAACUUUUGUAAUAACGUAGCUAGAUAGGGAAGCGAAGUGAUUCGAUCGGAUUAAUGUGAAAACAAAAAAAAACUGCAAAACAAAAACCAACUGUUACUGGGACAUCUAGACAACAAAACAAUAUUUCAUGAGAUUGUAUAAAUUUUAAUGAUUGAAAUAAACUUUUUUAUGACAAUGAA